CAGUGACGGAGAUACGUAGGAAGUUCGCAAAUUCGCCCACUCCGUUACUUUCGCACCUCGGGGGAUAUAAGUGGUCGAGGCGUCUGAAAGUCGGCUCUGCUACACUGCUGUCUGCUCACCUCCGCGACGAACGCAUUUUUCGGCGGCGAAUGCGCGCAGGUCGAUGGAGGCCGCUCACUUCAACUUCAACAGCACGCUCGGGGCGGCGUUUCUGGGCCAUUUCGCGACGGCGAUCUUGUACGGCAUCACUAGUCUCCAGGCGUUCACGUACUUCAAGCAAUACUUCCGAGAUCCACCGCUGCUCCGUCUACUAGUUCUCGUACUAUGGAUCUUGGAUACUCUGCAUGCCGCUAUGAUCACGUAUGCCAUGUACUUCUACAUGGUCAUCAAUUUCGCGGACCCACUCAUUGUGUUACGGCCAGUAUGGAGUGUUUGGGGCAUGAUCAUGAUCUCGAACCUCAGCAAUAUUAUUGUCAGGGGAAUAUUCUGCCAUCGACUAUGGAGGCUGAGCCGCAAGUCCUGGAUCCUCCCGGCAUUUGUUGCAACCUUGUCGCUCUACAUCAUUGUGGAUGCCUUCUACUUCGCUGUCAGGGGACUCCAUAUUGAUAGUUACCUCGAGAUACACCAGUUCUCGUGGGUCCUAUAUGUUGGCUUCACCUUUGAGGUCAUCGCCGACUUCGUCAUCACCGUCGCGCAAUACCUCUACCUGCGCCGGUUCCGGACGGGUAUUAGGUUCACGGACUCUGUGGUCUCCGUCCUGAUGCUGUAUUGCGUCAAUACCGGGUUGUUGACGAGUGUUUGCGCGUUAUUGUGUCUGAUAACAUAUGCCACCCUCCCGGAUAUGUAUGUCUACUUUGCGUUCUACUUCGUCCUGAGCAAGCUGUACGUCAACUCGGUACUGGCGAACCUGAACGCGCGCGCGAUCAUCGUCGAGACAAUGGCACCGCAGAACGUCGAUCGCGGGCCGUUCGGGUCCGGUCAGAACCCGCUCGAAAAAACGCACAAACAGCUCACGUCGUCGUCAUCGUCCGGCGCAGGGCCAUCGUCGUCGAACGGCAGGGCACAGUUCUCGACGGUUAUUGACCCUGUGAUCAUUACGAUGUCGAACCUCCCACGACAAACGAGUGCGCUCACGCUCGAAGGGAAGGAGCCUGAGCUCCACGACCUAGCCUGAGUAUGACCAAGCCCCGAUGCCUUGGCCGGAAGUCAAG